CUUUACUCAGAAGGGGUGCGAAAACAGCACCGGUGCACAAAAUAAAGCACCAGGCCGCGGCAAACCCGACCGCCAAAUUUUAAUUUUACGUUGUCCCUAUCCCAGCGAAUUCCGGGAACCCUGACGCUAAGAUCCGGCGGCGACCGGAAAAUUUUACACUCUGCGAUCAUGAGCAGUCUGGCUGAGAGGCUUCGAGUAAGAUCAGAUCGCAAGCCUAUUUAUAGCAUUGAUGAAUCAGAUGAUGAAGCUGAUUUUGUGCCCGGAAAACACGAGCCAACCGAGGAAAAGUUUGAGAGGAUAGUCAGAAGUGAUACGAAAGAAAACUGUUGUCAAGCUUGUGGAGAAAAUGGAAAUCUUUUGAACUGUGAUACAUGCACUUAUGCCUAUCAUCCUAGGUGUUUACUUCCACCACUUAGAGCUCCCAUUCCAGACAAUUGGAGAUGCCCUGAAUGUGUUAGCCCACUUAAUGAUAUUGAUAAGAUAUUAGACUGUGAGAUGCGCCCCACUGUAGCUGAUGACACUGAUGCCACAAAACUGGGGUCAAAACAAAUUUUUGUCAAACAAUAUCUUGUUAAGUGGAAGGGGCUACCGUAUCUCCAUUGCACAUGGGUGCCAGAAAAGGAGUUUCUGAAAGCUUUCAAGACCCAUCCUCGCCUAAAGACAAAAGUAAAUAACUUCCAUCGUCAAAUGGCAUCAGUUAAUACUUCUGAUGAAGACUUUGUUGCCAUUCGACCUGAAUGGACCACUAUUGAUCGAAUUAUUGCUUGCAGGGGUGAUGAUGAUAAGGAAUAUCUUGUGAAAUGGAGAGAGCUUUCAUAUGAUGAAUGCUAUUGGGAGUUUGAGUCCGAUAUUUCUGAGUUUCAGGCAGAAAUUGAAAGAUUCAACAGAUUUCAGUCAAGGUCUAGGAAACUUGUUAUUUCUAACAAGCAGAAAAGCAGUGUUAGAGAUGGUGCAGAAUUCCUGAAGCAUCAGAAAGAAUUUCAUCAGUAUGAACAUAGCCCUGAAUUUCUUUCCGGGGGUACAUUACAUCCAUAUCAGCUGGAAGGCUUAAACUUUUUACGUUUCUCAUGGUCUAAGCAAACUCAUGUUAUACUUGCGGAUGAAAUGGGACUUGGCAAAACCAUACAAAGUAUUGCUUUCUUGGCAUCACUUUUUGAAGAUAAUAUUUCCCCACAUUUGGUGGUUGCUCCACUUUCAACACUGCGAAACUGGGAACGUGAAUUUGCAACAUGGGCACCACAAAUGAAUGUUGUUAUGUAUGUUGGAUCUUCUCAAGCCCGUGCUGUUAUACGAGAGCAUGAAUUUUACUUCCCAAAGAGCCAGAAGUUAAAAAAAAAGAAAUAUGGUCAAAUAGUCAAUGAAAGCAAGCAAGAUAGGAUUAAAUUUGAUGUCCUCUUGACAUCAUAUGAGAUGAUCAACCUUGACACAGCUUCAUUGAAACCUAUAAAGUGGGAGUGCAUGAUAGUUGAUGAAGGUCACCGUCUCAAAAAUAAGGAUUCAAAAUUAUUUUCUUCAUUGAAGCAAUAUUCUAGCAGACAUCGUGUGCUUUUGACCGGGACUCCUCUGCAGAACAACUUGGAUGAACUAUUUAUGCUUAUGCACUUCCUUGAUGCUGGGAAGUUUGGAAGUUUAGAGGAAUUUCAGGAAGAGUUCAAGGAUAUCAAUCAAGAGGAGCAGAUUUCAAGGCUUCACAAAAUGUUGGCCCCCCAUCUUCUUAGAAGGGUCAAGAAAGACGUCAUGAAGGAAUUACCUCCCAAAAAGGAACUGAUUUUACGUGUUGAAUUAAGCAACAAACAGAAAGAAUAUUAUAAGGCAAUUUUGACCCGUAAUUAUCAGAUAUUAACUCGUCGUGGUGGAGCUCAGAUUUCUCUUAUCAAUGUUGUUAUGGAGUUGCGAAAGCUCUGUUGUCAUCCUUACAUGUUAGAAGGAGUUGAGCCAGAUAUCCAAGAUGCAAAAGAAUCUUACAAAAAACUGCUGGAAUCAUCUGGGAAGUUGCAAUUGUUAGACAAAAUGAUGGUGAAGCUUAAAGAGCAAGGGCAUAGAGUCCUCAUAUAUUCACAAUUCCAGCACAUGCUGGACUUGCUUGAAGAUUAUUGUUCUUACAAGAGUUGGCAGUAUGAAAGGAUAGAUGGCAAGGUUGGUGGAGCUGAAAGACAAGUACGAAUAGAUCGGUUUAAUGCCAAACAUUCUUCAAGAUUUUGUUUUCUUCUUUCUACUAGAGCAGGGGGAUUGGGGAUAAACCUUGCAACAGCUGACACAGUUAUUAUAUACGAUAGUGAUUGGAACCCUCAUGCUGAUCUACAAGCUAUGGCUAGGGCUCAUCGACUUGGACAAACUAGUAAGGUAAUGAUUUAUAGGCUUGUAACGCGGGGAAGCAUUGAAGAAAGAAUGAUGCAGAUGACUAAGAAGAAAAUGGUGCUAGAACAUCUUGUUGUAGGAAGGCUAAAAUCUCAAAAUAUUAACCAGGAGGAGUUGGAUGAUAUUAUAAGGUAUGGCUCUGAGGAGUUAUUUGCUGAUGAGAAUGAUGAAGCAGGGAAAUCACGCCAAAUUCAUUAUGAUGAUGCUGCCAUAGAUAGAUUGCUGGAUCGUGAACAAGUCGGUAAUGAAGAGACUGCAAUGGAUGAUGAGGAGGAUGGAUUUCUCAAGGCUUUUAAGGUGGCAAAUUUUGAAUAUGUUGAUGAAGUUGAGGCUGCAGCAGAGGAGGCAGCAAAAAAGAGAGCUAUGGACAAUGAAUCUGCUUUGGCAAGUACAGAGAGAGCAAAAUACUGGGAGGAAUUGUUAGGAGAUAGAUAUGAAAUGCAUAAAGUUCAUGAGUUGGAUGCCUUGGGCAAAGGGAAACGGAGUCGUCACAAGCAGAUGGUCUCCGUUGAGGAUGAUGAUCUUGCUGGUCUGGAAGAUGUAAGCUCUGAUGGUGAUGACAAUGUUGAUGCGGAGCUUACUGAUGCUGAUUCAAAUUCUUAUGGAACUAUUUCUAAAAGACCUUAUAAGAAGAGAGCCCGGGUAUAUUAUUAUUUAAUUUUAUUCUUGUAAUGAUACUGAUGUUGAUCUCGUCUUGACUGUGGUGUCACCUUUCUCCUAAAUUCUUUACCAGCAGAUAGCACAGAGCCGCAUCCUCUGAUGGAAGGUGAAGGAAAAUCAUUUCGAGUGCUUGGUUUUAAUCAGAAUCAGAGAGCUGCAUUUGUGCAAAUUCUGAUGAGGUUUGGGAUGGGCGAUUAUGAUUGGAAGGAGUUCACUUCCCGAAUGAAACAGAAGACUUAUGAAGAAAUCAAAGACUAUGGAAUCCUUUUCCUAAAUCAUAUUAUAGAUACAACUGAUGCCUCUACAUUUUCAGAUGGCGUUCCGAAAGAAGGACUAAGAAUUCAAGAUGUACUUGUGAGGAUUGCAAUUCUGGGGCUUGAUAAGGGAAAAUUGAAGUUUGCAUCAGAAAACCCUGGGACUCCACUUUUUUCAGAUGAAAUUUUAUUUCGCUAUCCUAGUUUGAAGGGUGCAAAGUUUUGGAAGGAGGAGCAUGAUUUAGUGCUGCUGCGUGCUGUAUUGAGGCACGGAUAUGGAAGGUGGCAAGCUAUUGUUGAUGAUAAGGAUCUGAAGAUUCAUGAGAUCAUCUGUCAGGAGCUGAACCUGCCCGUUAUAAAUUUACCAGUACCGGGUCAAGUAGGCUCUCAAUCGCAAAAUAGUGUAAAUUUGUCCAACGGAGAAGCAGCUAGCAAUCAAUCUCGGGAAAAUGAUGUGAGUGACAAAGCAGCUGAUGGUGCACUUGGUUCUGGUGAUGCUAGGAGCCAAACACAUUUACAUCAAGAGUCCUCCAUAUUAUAUUUUAGAGACAUGCAGAGAAGACAGGUUGAGUUUAUAAAAAAGAGGGUGCUUCUCUUGGAAAAAGGGAUCAAUGCGGACUACCAGAAAGAAUGCUUAGGUGAAGUAAAAGUAAAUGAAGUAACAAACAAUGGACUUAGUUGUGAACCCACGGCUACAAGUAUAUCUAGUAACAAAUCAGGGGAGACAGACACCCAAAUGUCUGAUCAACUGCCUCAAGUGGAGGCAAUAGCUUCAGACAAGAUUUCUGUUGCUGAUGGUGAUCCCAAUCGUUUGGAAUUGGUUCGGCUUUACAAUGAGAUGUGUAAAGUCAUGGACGAAAACACCAGUGCAAGAAAACUAGCAGAAGUUGACAUGAAGAAAUUGCUGACAAUAGAGCCCAUUUGCGACGACAUCAAUAGAAUUCUAACACCCCUACAGCAAAGUCACCCUUCUGAAGAAAAGCCAUUAUUGAUUCUAGAGAAUAAAUCAGCGGUUUCACCACAAAAUGAAGUGGUGAUUUCUCAAGAUGGCAAACCUAAAUCAGUAGGCAACGAGAGAACAGAUCUGGUAAUGGGGUGUCAACUUACAAAAGAAAGCUGCACGGUCCUUGUCCAAGAGAAGGAAUCACCAAGUCUUUUAGAAACCAGGGGAAGUGAUAUAGAAAUGAAUGAAGCUGAUAAUGAUGCUGAACUGAAUGAAAAGAAAGAAAAAUCUGACCCAGAGGUCAUCUUGUUGGAUGAUUAAAAGCAAUGCCUAAUAGACAGCUUCGCCAUACCUUAGCUUAGUAGUUUAAAGAAACAUUUGUCAUUCACUAAUUGGGGAAUAAGGAGCUACAACAUAGGCACUAGUGAGAAUUAUUUUGCUUAAAGUUCAGUGGAAACUGUUCAUAAAGUUAGUGUGUAGCUUUUCCAGGCAUCGAACAGCCUUUGAUCCAUUGUAUGUACCCGCUACCCCUUGUUCGAUGUCCCAUAUAGACUCGGAAGCACCUCAGCCUCAAUAGCUAGAUGCCUGAGUACUGAUAUAACUUCACUCACUGGGGCCAUUGGAAAGAAGUCCUAAUAUAAUAUCGAAGUAUUUUUGUUCAUUGAAAAAUAUUAUUUAGGCCAAGUACAUUUCCAUAAAUUAAACGGAUUAAUAUUAUAUGAUAGCAUGAGCGUACUUGGCCAGUCUCAACGUGGGUUUCCUCCAUUUGUUGAUUUCUUAGUUGGGCUACUGCCUGAUUCUUAUCUCUGUUCAGGUUGAAUUUAGUGUCACUACGCCUAUCAGAACUUUUGUGGCUCUUGCUGCUAAGGUCGAGAGCACGAAAGCAUCAAUUUGUUAUGUGCAAGGGGCGAUGUUGACGUUGGAUUUUAUAAAACCAUAUACUUCAUAUUCUUCUC